AUGGAGGUACAGGAUAUCUUGAAGAGGAUCCAGCCUCUUCAGGGGCAGGUGCUUCCGAUAAAGACCGUACAGGAGACACAGACGGCUGAAGAAUUUGAGGACGCCUAUGCGGCAGAAGUCAACCUCAAGUUGGCCUCGAAAGUGGUCAAAGCACUCGACGCUGCCUUCCCGCGCGACCCCUCCGUCCCCGUAAACCACCUCCGCCGCUUCGCGAAGUACAACCAACUUCCCGAAUCCCUGCGUUCCACGAUCCAAUCGAACGAGACCGCAUCGACAAUCUUCGUCCUGGUCUCGCCGCCCAUACCUGAUACAGACGCGCUGCAGAAAGUGCUAGCCCCGUUCGCUCCGCCAGCAGAGGAUACCUCUUCCGAGCAUGUCCCCGUGGUCUCCCUCCACGCCAUCCGCAUCCCGAUCCAACCGCCCCUGAACGCCAAACAGGCCGAAAAGUGGACAGCGCAAUACUGGCCCGUCAUCUUCAACCCUGCUGCUCCCCGAGCCACCGUCGCACCCCCUCCCCAGAUCCUGAACCGCACCCGUGAAUCGAUCCAGCCCGAGGCCGGAUAUUACCUGGCGCUGGCGGAGCGAGUCGCAGACGAGGCAGCGCAGUCUGGCCGCGGUCGCCGCGUCGGCGCAGUCAUCGUUGACCCGGAGAUCCAGGCAUCCAUCCGCAACGGCGCAACCGCCGACAACGACAGCACCAUGGCCACCGAGUGGGCAGAGGCCGUUGUCGCCGUGGCCGGCGACGCACGCUACUCCCGCCGAGAAGCCGGCGCCCUAUCGCAGGCGGAACUGCAUCUCGGGCCGGGCCCUCCCCCAGCUGCAGCAACAUACAACGCAGACCUUGAAGGCGGGCCGGAACUGCACGCCCUCAUGCGCGCCGUCGAGUUGAUCGCCCAGAAACGCCGCGAAGAGGACCACGGCCCCCCACCCACAAAACCCUACCUCUCACCCCUGGAAGCCCACUUCCUCUCGCAGUCCGACAUCAUCGUCACCAUCGCCAGCGCCGCCUCCGCCUCCGCCCCACCCAUCAACGACCCGGACACCCUCGACCCCUCCCCCGUCCCCGAGAAACUCAUCAAGACCAACGCAGCCACCGCCGCCGUCCCCGUCUCGGCUCCCCUCCCCCAACCGCCGCACCACGACGACGCCCCUCCCAUCCCGCCGCGCAUCCGCUCCCGCGCCCAGGGCGGCUACCUCUGCACCGACCUCGACGUCUACCUCACCCACGAGCCAUGCCUGUGCUGCUCCAUGGGCCUGCUCCUCUCGCGCUUCCGGGCCGUCGUCUUCCCGCGCUCCCGGCGGAUGAUCUCGGGCGGGCUGGCGUCGGAGCCUGUCGUCGGGCCUACGUGUGACGAGGCAGACUCUGCAAAAGCUGAAGCGGAGGCGGAGGCGGAGGCGGAGGCAGACGCAGACGCAGACGCAGACGCAGACGCAGAGGCGGAGCGCAAGAGCCGGGUAGCGGACACGCCACGAAGGAACUACUACGGUCUGCACUGGCGCAAGGAGCUGAACUGGCGGGCUCUGGGGUUUGAGUUUGUGGAGGAAGAUCGUACGGGUCUGGAGACGGGGAUGGGGACGGGGACGGCGGAGAAUCUGGAUCCUGCUUUCCAUGCGUGA